GGUAAACAGAUUUUGUGUACAUGACUCAGUCGUAGCACACUUAUUCAGACUUUCACAUGAAAUUUGAAUCAAUAAACAACUUACUCUUAAAAUAAAAUGGAACAAACUUUAUUUGACCAAACGACAACAUUUAAUGAACUAUUUUCUAAUAAAGUUCCAGAAACCCAAAUUAAUUCUAGUGAAUUUCCCUUAAUCAUUGAAGAAAACCAACUUAUCAGUAAUUUAUCACGGUUGACAGAAAACCUAAUUUUAACCUCUGCAUCGGCGGUCAAUCCUGUUAUUCUAAGGGCACUUAAUAUUAAAUGUAUUAUAAAUAUUGCACCAGAACUUCCAGAUCCUCAGUAUGACGCCGACAAUAUAAUUUAUCACAAAAUUCCCAUUUUGGAUUCCGGAAUCUCAAGAAUACUGCCUUUCUUUCACGAGGUUGCAGAUUUGAUAAACGAAGUAGCUUCUUCUAAUGGACAAACUUUGGUUUAUUGUGUCGCAGGUGUUAGUCGAUCAGCUAGUAUUUGCAUUUCUUAUCUUAUGAAAUAUCAUCAAUUGUCGUUACUGGAAGCUUACAAUUAUGUAAAAAUAAAAAGACCCAGGAUUAAGCCAAAUUGUGGUUUUUUUAAACAACUUAUCGAGUAUGAAAAACAGUUAUAUUGUUGUAAUACAGUUGUAAUGGUAUUUAAUGAGUUUGUAAAAAUGUCAAUACCUAAUGUUUACGACAGUGAAUAUAGAUUUAUUAAUAAUUUAACCAAAAAAAGGAUAAUUCCCCGAAAUAAGAGAUAAUAAUACAAAUACCUGAAAAUGUUUGGAAUUUUUAUUCUUAUUUUCAGUUUAUAAUUAUAAUAUAAUUAUAACUUAUGUUCAUUGAUUGAAUUCUUUAAUAAUAACACAACUAAUGUGACGCGAGAGAGAGAAUAUACCAAUACGCGUCCAAGAAUCAAUUUUAUUUUUGUGCAUUUUAUAUCGCACCCGCUCUAAUUUGCAGAAGUAUUUUGAUAUUUAAUUUAAA